UGCAUCGACACGCUCUACAUUGCUGGACGGCUACAUACGAUACACCUGGUGCAGCUCCAGCGAGCUUGAUGAGCUCGAACAUACGACCCGGCGCGUCAUACUUCCUCCCAAAUCAUGUGGCAGCGACACGACGCUGUACAGAAGGUCGACGGUCGUCGGCGCAUUUCUACCUCCCGGCGUCGUCACACCGCCGCGCGCGUUCACCUACUCGUCGAGCUCGCGGGACGAUAUCUCGGUGCCGGAGGCUCCGUCCUUCAUCGCGGUUACUUAUCCGGCGGCGGAGGUCUGCGCAGCGUGCGAUGGGCUGUCCUUGGAGACAUCACUUCUGCGGAAGCUCACCGUUGGGCGUACCUACGACUGCCACUGGUCCGGGAGACGGUGGACGGCUAUCGGUACGGUCCUCUUAGCCUCGGGCGCACCAUCCAAGCUAUGCUACACGGAGCUGCUCUGGGAGAGACAAUCGACGGGGAAGCACAGGCUGAUGGUUUCUCUUGCAAUCGGCAUGCCUUCCAGUCUCGUGAACGUUCUCAGCGAGGCGCAUGAGAAAACGAACGCAUCUGCUCCGGGCGUCCAGCUCAUGACAAUUGACAAACCUUGCAGCAGCCUCAAGCCCCAGCCAGAUCUGCUUGAACGCGUCUUCCGGCACGGUUCGAAGCGGACGGUGUCGAAGAGAACGCGCAGACACGGCGCAGAUCCGGGAGCAGGCGGCACAGGUCAGAGGCGGGCGGAGGCAGGCGGGAGCGGUGGUGGUGGUCAAGAGCAGACUUGCGCACUUCUCGGAACGCGCGAAGUCGCCGAAUAGGCGCCCGUGCUCGUUUCGACGCGG